AUGCAGAAGCCUUUUGAGGAUGCUGCUUUUGCUUUGGAGGUCAAUGAAAUGAGCCAUGUGGUGAUGACCGACAGAUCCACCGUGGCAAAACGCAUCGAAAAGCGGCUCCGCGUUGCUCCGUGCCGUUGGAUCCGUUUGAUCCGUCGUAUCCAUCGCUGGCAACAUUGGAUCCGUCGGCAGGUUGCACCGCCGCGCGGUACGGUGGCAGGUCCAAAGGCCUUCGUCCCACGCUGGGCCACCCCUGGCUACUCCACGCCAGCAGGGCCGCCGCCGGCGAUGGCCGGUGUUGUAGCCACCCCUGCAGCACCACUGGCAGCGCCUCUGGCGGGGUACCUGACGCCUUCGGGCCCCUUGGCACAGUGCCAUGCCCCGGAACGGGAGGUCUCGGGGCCGCCACAAGGUUUAGUGAGAUCUGGAUCACAGUCCGCAAUCAUCACCGCUCAUGUCAAGGUGCCACAGGUGCCGCAGGUGCCAUCAAUGCCAAGCUGCAAUAGUCCAACGACUCCUCUGCGAGCACCAAGGAGCGCAGCACCUCCCUUUGCAAGCCCAGUGAGGGUGCAUGGGGCGGCCAGCCCUGCAUCUCCUGUGAUGGUGCAGGAUCAGAGACGAGUCUUGCGCGCCGUCGCGACACCGCUUAGAGUGGAGGUGCGUGCAGAAAGUCGAUGCGCCAGCCCAGAUCAAAGAGCCUGGCAGGCCAAGAGGAAUCAGUCACAGUCAGAGAAUCUGCAGAAGAGGCAACUGGAACCUACGACGCCAAUUACAAAGGUGCAGGUGCCGGUUCCACUGUCUGGCGCGACCCCUCGCGAGGUCUUGGAAAGGGACUUGUCAGAUCCAGAGAAGGUGGAAUAUGACGAUCUCCAGUUCAUUGAGAGAUUGGGCAAGGGUGAGUUUGGAGAGGUCUUUAGAGGAUACUAUGGAAAAGAAGAGGUUGCCAUCAAGCAGUUGUUCUUUGAUGAGAACAUGACUGAGUUGAUCGUCCAGGACCUGGCGAGAGAGAUUGAUUCCUUCAGACAUCUCAGUCACAAGCGCUUGGUUCGCUUCAUCGGCGCAUCUUUGCAGUUGCCAAACCUUUGCCUUGUGACCGAGUAUAUGCCAGGCGGUUCCUUGCAUCAUCUACUACACGUUCGCAGGCAGAAGCUUCCCUUCGGCCAUGCCUUGAACAUGUGUAUACAGAUUGCAGAUGGCGUAUCGUAUUUACACAGCCAGAUUCCCACGAUCGUUCACCGCGACCUGAAAUCCUUGAACGUGGUGCUGGAUCUGAGUCUGAACAUCAAGAUUUGCGACUUUGGGCUCACCGAGUCGAUGGAUCGGACUCACAUCACCAAGAAGAACAAUGGAGGUUCUCCAAGGUAUAUGGCGCCUGAGCUCUUUGACUGCAAGACGAAGAUCACGGAGAAGAUCGAUGUUUGGGCCAUGGGCUGCAUCUUCGUGGAGGUCUGUGGUGGUCCAUUGCCCUAUGAGAAAAUCACCACCUUGGCGGAGCUGACCAAGGAGAUGUUGAUCAAGAGGCGAACGCCCAGCAUUCCAGAGUUCAUCACAGGGCAAAUGCGAGACGUUUGCAAAAGUUGCCUGAGUUUCCACUACCAAGAGCGGCCCAGCAGCCAGCGAGCCUUUGAGUUGCUGAAGGCUGCCAAGAAGGCCUGGAAGGAACUGCAAUAGCUUGCUCUGAGCGCCAAAGGUUUGUGAGCCGUAUUCUCAGAGUCUUCGACUGGUUUCCAAUGUUAUCAUGGCGUGCUUCCAGAUCCGAUUUGGGGACGCUUUCGCUGCAUCAAAUUCGGCCAGUGAGAAGUUUUAGCCUCAGAUUUAUUCUGAUCGAAUUGUACGAGACUUGUUUCUUUUGUGUGUUUUUCAUUUGUUUUGUUU